CAAUACAAGACUUGCAUCACUAACUUCUCAUACUACAAGAACUCAUCCACACUCCUAAUUUCUCUACAUUUCCACCCAAAAAAUGAAGAAUUUCAACCCUUCUGCAACAUCUUUUCUCCUUCUCUUCACAUGCCAUUUCAUCUUAUCCACCAAUGGCCGUGUGAUUGGAGAAUCAGUCGCGUUCUACGUCUCUAACAAGUGUCCGUUCCCGAUAUGGCCCGCGACGGCUUCAAAUGCGGGCCAGUCGGUGAUCGAAGGUGGAGGUUUCUCCCUUCCAUCGGGUCAGACCCAUCGGAUCCAUGUCCCACCUACAUGGUCUGGUCGAAUCUGGGCCAGAACAGGAUGCAGCUUUCCUUCCCCCUCCAAACCGGCCUGCCAGACCGGUGACUGUGAUGGACGGCUAGCUUGCAAUGGGACCAUCGGCCUCCCGCCGGCUACUCUGGUGCAGGUAGGGCUGCAACCCGAUAAGAGUAAACCGAACUUCUACGACGUCAGCUUGGUCGACGGAUACAACCUUCCGGUUACCGUCACAACGAAGCCGGUCAGACCCAACUGUUCGAUCAGCGGUUGCGAGAAGAACAUCAACGUCCUGUGUCCGCAGGAGCUUCAGGUGUUGGACGGUAAUGGGGCGGUGGUUGCUUGCAAGAGUGCGUGUUUGGCAUUCGAUCUGGAUAUGUUUUGCUGCAGGAAUGCGUAUGGGACACCAGAAAAGUGCAAGCCAAACACGUAUUCAAAGGUGUUCAAGAAUGCAUGUCCCACUUAUUACAGUUACGCCUAUGAUAGCCCCCCACCUUUGGUGAACUGUUAUUCUAAAGAGUAUGUGAUCACCUUCUGUCCUUCUAAAUGGGGGGCCCACAUGCCCAUGUAGAUGAUCACAUGACUUGGAUAUAUGCUUGCAUCAUGGUUUGGUAGCUGGUUUCUAAUCCUAUUUGUAUAAAUUGAAGGAGAUUUUGUUUUGGGGUGAAAAGGAUUAGAAGCUUAUGCUGUUUGUAUUUAUUUUAAUAAAGGAUUUCUAUAGAAAUUAAGAACCGUUUUCAAA